AGACUCCAUCUUGUAGUCUCGCCUUGUCGAGGUCUCUAGUUUUCAAUAAUUUUCAUUUUCCAAUUUUGCCCCUGUUUAUGGAAACAGCUCCUCAUUGGGGCCUUUUGCUUUCAAAUGUGGGUAUGAGUGGGUGAUAAUGCAUAUAUUUUAGCUGAAAUGCUUUUCCAUCGAUAGGAAGUCAGAUCAAUACCCUUAGUAAAGGAGUCCACCACCAUCUGAAAACUGUAGCCUAGCUCCCAAAAUGGACUCAAUUAACAUAAUAUGCCCUGUUUGCACUCUCUACCUGAGACCAGGCAUCACUCUGAAACAGCAUUUGACUUCCCAUCCAAAACAGAAGGUAAUAGAAGCCCUAGUCAAGCUUUCUGGCAUAGAUGACACCUCAAAAUCCAAUGGGACGUCACCACAGCUAUCCCCUGUUGAAGCAAAUGCAGCAGGUCAGAGUGUUAAUAAUGCUUGGAACCAAGCUCCACCUGCUCAAAUGGGGCUUGCAUCUCAAAGUGGCCCCCCACAUGGCAACCAUGUGUUUAUCUACCAACAGAGCAUGAGUACUACAUCUCCACAGAAUGCAGUCCUCCAAGUGAAUCCACAACAAUAUGUUUAUCCUCCCAAUGCUUUCAAUCCCAUGAUGAUGAUGCCAUAUAUGUAUCAGCAACAGCAUGUUAUUUUGUCUAGUAAUGCUUUGCCACCACAGAUUAGGUCUUUGGAAGCACCUACUACUCCUCAGACUGAGGAACAGGUUGAGAGUAUUGAGGAGAAUGUGGAAACUGAGAGUACAAUAGCUGAUGUGCCAGAAAGUAAUGAAAAAAUAGAAGAUGCAGAAGAGGAAACAAGAUCAGACAAUGAUUUGAGUAAUCAUGAUGAAACUGUUAUAAAAAAACAGGAAUCUCUCAGUGAUAGACCCAUAGAAAUUAAAACAAUGGCAGAUUUUGAGAAUGAACGCAUGAUCCAAAAUGAAAUACCACCUGAGGGAUAUCUGUCAGAGAUAGAGGAAGACUAUGAGGACAUUGAUAACAGCAGUGUUAUUCAUGAUAAUUGCAAACAGGAUGAAACACACAUGACAGAAGAUAUAGCUCCUGUACCACCACCUUCAAUAACAACUUGGAAAGAAGAUACAGAAUUGAGCAAAGCUUGCCAAACACAAACAGUCAAUAAUGCUCCUCAAACUGUAGAAGCACCAACAGUGAUGCACACAGAAAACCACUAUGUCCAAGAACAAGAGGACCAUCCUGAGUAUUUCUAUGUAAACUCUAGAAAUGAAGAAUUCAUACAUCAGCAGCAACCAGUCACUUAUGAUGACCAUCACAGUACUGGCUCAAUUCCCUACACCAGAAUGCAAAAUACUGAACAUUAUGAGCAAUCUGAUCCUAUUUAUACUUCUGCGAAUAUUCUACAUGGAGGUGAUCACCUGGACUAUGUCAAUCUAGAUGACAUAUUGAUCAUAAAUGAUUUCAACCCCAACCAUGUGGUAGCACAGGUGGAAAAUUUUGAAAAUGCUUCUCCUGAAAGGCCUGGAGUGUUAUUGACCAUUGGAGAGUACAAUGAACCCAGAGAUUUUGAGGAGAGCAUGUCCAGGUGCAGUUCACAAGUCAACAUCCGUUCAGAUGAAAGAAUGCCUGCACGUGGGGAGUUAUCUGGCCCUGAGAGCAUGGGAGGAAGCACUGACUUGACUUGGAAUCGCAUCCACUACCAAGAAGGCAGCUCUAGAAUGUCACAUUCCUAUGAUUUGAUUGGUAGAGAUCACUGGGAAGGCUCUGACAGUGACAGUGUGGACAAUCCAGGGGUGAUGGAGAAACCCAAAGAGCAGAUAGAAUUCACUGAGCACUUCAAUGAGGACAAUGAUCCUGUGAGCAUAAUAAGCUGUUCUGGGCCUCCUUUGAAUUUCAAGUGUCCCAUUUGUGGGGAAGAUUUUGCUACUUCCAAGGAGCGUAAAUCUCAUGAAUUGGAAAUGCACCCUGAGAAAACAAAGUGCAAUAUCAUUGGGGUAGAUAUCGGCAAAAAGAAAGUUAGGAAAUUGGUGGUGAAGUUGAAAACCCACAGGACUGUCACCAAGGUGGAGGCAGAACCGAAUUUUGACAAUGUUUUCACCAAUAAGCUGAAGCAAGAGCAACUUGUGGACCCGGUGGUAGCCCUAGAAGUUCCUGUUAAGAUGGAUGAGCCUUCUUUGGUGGUAAGAGACAUGAAAACCAUAUGCACCAUUUGCGAUUGUGUAUGUCUUAAUGCCAAGGUAUUGAGACAGCACAAGAUGGAGAUGCAUAAGAAUGAUUCUGCCACAAGACAUAAGUGCUCCACUUGUGGAGAAGCCUUUCCUAAUGAGUACAAGUACACAGACCAUCUGAAAGUUCAUCCUCUGGAGUGUAGGCUGUGUGGCAAGCUGUUUUUCAGACGUCAAAACAUUAGAUUACACAUGAAAAGGGUCGGUCUUCGUGCACGCGACCUAUUAAAUUGUCAAUCGAAAUUUUCGUCUAGACACUUGGGCCUGAAACCCUACAAAUGCGACCUGUGCGAAAAGUCCUUCAUCACCCGCCAGAAACGGGACGAGCACAAGAACGUCCACACCGGUGAGGCGCCUCUCAAAUGUACCAUGUGCGACAAGAAGUUCCGCAGGCAUUCCAACCUCGUCCAGCACAAGAACUUCCACCACUUCAACGUGAAGAAGAAAGUGAAAGACUACAUUUGCCAUUGCGGUGAGGUGUUCCACUCGACCAAGAAGCUGGCCUGGCACAAGGAGAUACACGAGACGAAGCCGAAGGCGUGUUCGCAGUGCAACGAGAAGUUCUUGCAUCUGUCCAGCCUGACGAGGCAUAUGCGCAGGGCGCACAACGACAAGUUCUUGCCGCAGGAGAAGCGGAAAGACGAGAACGUCGAGUGCCCCAUCUGCAAAGGUACUUAUCUGAAGUCGUCGCUGGACGUCCACAUCAAGAACCAUAGCGGCGCGAAGCCCUACAACUGUCCCCUGUGCAACAAGGACUUCACCACCAAAUGGAACCUCAAGCUGCACCAAUGGACGCACGCCAGUCGGUCAUCGAAGCCCUACAAGUGCGAACAGUGCAAUGCUGGUUUCAUAAGGGAGAGCGAUUACAUCGCUCACACCAACUCGCACAAAAGCAUCCGCCCUUACACGUGCAACUAUUGCGGCGCCCAAUUCAUCAGGAAAUACAACUGUCUGAGGCACGUCAAGGAGCACGAGAGCGACAAAACGUUCAGCUGCACCAUAUGCGGCAAAACCUUCCACAGAUCGUACUAUCUCAAGGACCAUAUGCGGGUGCACAGCGGCGUCAGACCGCACACCUGUCACAUUUGCGGCAAAACUUCCACCACCAAGUCGAAUCACAACAAACACGUACAAAUCCAUCACGCUAGGGAGCCGGUCAGCACAGAAAACUAGGGGCUUUCGUAAGGGGGUAUACGUAAUUUGGGUUGGACUAGUUGCAGGGUGGUUCACUGGAAUUUCGAGAUCGUUAGUCCAAAUGUUCACAAACGGUAGUCCAAUUGUUCACAAACGGUAGUCCAAUUGUUCACAAACGGUAGUCCAAUUGUUCACAAACAAUAGUCCAAAUGUUCACAAACGAUGGUCCAAAUGUUCAUAAACAGCAGUCCAAAUGUUCACAAACGGCAGUCCAAUGUUCACAGAAUUGUGUGUUCACAGAAUGUUUACAAAACUGUAGCUCCAAUAUUCAUAAACUGACAGCCAGAAUGCUCAAAUUUCAGAAGUUAUGACUUCACUAUAAGACAUUAUUUCACAACAUGGCUGUCCAGAUGUUGACAACACCGCAUUCCAAUAACAAUGGUUUAAGACAGUUCAAAUGAUAGGAACAUGGCAGUCCAAAUGUUCACAGAAUUGUAGUUGAAAUUUCCACUAAAUGGUAGUCCAGAUGUUCAAAACCCUUAGAUCAGAUUUCACUGAGACAUUUCAAAUGAUUGCAACAUGACAGUUCAGAUGUUCACAGAAUGUUUACAAAACUGUAGCUCCAAUAUCCAUAACCUGACAGCCAGAAUGUUCAAAUUUCAGAGAUUUCACUAUGAGACAUUAUUCCACAACAUGGCUGUCCAUAUGUUGACAAGCUUUCCAAUAAAAAUGAUUUAGGACAGUUCAAAUGAUAGCAACAUGGCAGUCCGAAUGUUCACAGAAUUGUAGUUGAAAUUUUCACAAAAUGGUAGUCCAGAUGUUCAAAACCCUUAGAUCAGGUUUCACUGAGACAGUUCAAAUGAUUGCAACAUGACAGUCCAGAUGUUCACUGCUCGACAGUUGACGUGUUCACAAAAUGGCAGUUCAAAUUUCACCAUAUGGAUUGUUCAAAUGAUUGCAGACCAGUUAUCCCCAACGUGGCAGUCAACUGUUGGAAGUAGGAUUGGGAUAUUUCAAUACAUCUGGUGAUAGUACAAGACAACUAUUUUUUCUUUGUACAUUGUACAAAGCCAUUAGAAAAAUAUACAUGUGAAUUCUCCUACAAAGAAGGAAAUCAAUUGAAUGCAAAAUUUGAAUGUGAUGGAAGAUACUGAACGAGUUUAAGAACAUAAUUAGUAUUGGUGUAUUGAGGAAUAUCAAGUUUUGUGGACAUGUGGUAUAGUGAAUCACCCUGCACAGUUUUUCAUUUUAGUAAUUUGAAUGGAGCAUGAAUAUUGAGGGACUUUGUUUAAAUUUUUUUAUUCCCUGAGGAUUUCAGAUUUUUAGUAAAUUUUUAUGAUAUACACUAUAUUUCAUUUUAUUAAUUGUUCUUAUAAUUAUUCAAUCGUAAUUUUUUGUUAUUAGUAAAAGACAUUGAAUUUAAAAAAUAUUGACUUUUCUCAAACCAUGUUUUUAUUUAUAUUUUGAGAUUUUAUUGCUCAUUCUGACUUAUGAAGUACCUCAAUUUUCAGGUAUACAUUCUAUCGAAAUUCUCAAGUUUUACUUAAACUAAAAAUGUUUACAUUAUGAAAAGAAAUAAUGAAUUUUUUUAAAACCUUUUUGGGCAUUCAUGUUUUUAAGAACAUAGUCUUGAUUGAACUUUUUAAAUCCAAUAAUUUUUCUUUAUCAAUUUGUACAUAUAUUAUAUUUUAUGGGACUCGAUGAUAAAUGAAUUGAAUUGAUUUGAACGUUGAAUAUUACAGAUAGCUAAUGUGUUUUCCUAUUGUAUAAGCUGGAACUGUGAUUAUUUCAAUUUAUAAGUAAGAAAUGGUUUUCAUCCGUGGUACUUAACAUUCGAUAAUAUAUAUUUCUCGGAAUUUUGGGGUAGAAAUCCUUACACAGAUUUUAUUUCUAUUUUAUCAGUUUUUUGAGUUUUAAAAAUUGACGAACCGAAAAAAAAUCUAUUGAAUUUAGUGUGUACAAAAUAUGUUGUGGUCAAUUUGCUAUGGAAUAAAAUUCUUUUUCUAUUAAUUCUCUAUAAUACGUACUACUAUUUUUAAGACUGUUAUCAUUAGUUUGUAUGGUGGUUGCAGUACCUAAAAACAUUGUGAAACUUGAGAACACAUUUUUAGAUUUCCAAUAAUUUUCUGCCGAUUUUUGGUGAAUUAUUCUGUUGAUUUUUUCAGAAUUUCACUUUUUUUGUUGGAAUGUCAAUUAUUUUUUAUCAAUUUUAUUCAAUAAACAGGUCAAUAUUACUGUUUAUAAUAUACAGUAAUUGAAGUUGAAAACAAUCUCAUCGAAUUAUGUAAUUGAGGGUUUAUCAAGAUUUUUAAUGUUUUUAUGGGAUUUAUCUUCAACUGCUUCCACUAGCCUGACAAAAGUGUAAGUAGUGAUGGGAACAUCCCAGUUGUUAUUAAAUUUUGUUUUAAUAUGAUUAUCAGGUAAAUACUGUACAUAAUAUAUUAAUUUUACAUUUGUGUGUGCAAUUCCAGUUUUGUAUUAAAAUAUAC